AUGGCCUCUGCAACUCUAUCCGACCAUGUCUCUCAGGCAUUGGACGUGUACACCAAAGGAACCAAGGCGUGGUUUGAAGAUGACCAAGACGCUUGGGUGUCUGCAUCGGUUGUCAGCAAGGAAGUCACCGAUAGUUCCGUCAAGAUUAUCUUCCAAAACGAUGAAGACGAGUCAAGAGAACACGUCUAUGAGUCGACUAUCCAAAAGCUUGAGAAGUCUCAGGGUAGCGAUUUGCCUCCACUCAGGAACCCGCCAAAGAUGGAAAACACGGAUGAUCUCACGAAUCUGAGCUAUCUCAAUGAGCCAGCUGUGCUGAAUACGAUUCGUACACGUUAUUCACAACGCAACAUUUACACAUACUCGGGCAUCGUAUUGAUUGCAACCAAUCCUUUCGCUCGUGUUCCCUUGUACGAGCCUGACAUCAUUCAACAAUACUCGGGUCGUCGACGUGGAGAACUGGAACCUCACUUGUUUGCCAUUGCUGAGGAUGCUUAUCGUUGCAUGAUCCGUGAAAAGACAAACCAAACCAUUGUUGUCUCUGGUGAAAGUGGUGCCGGCAAAACGGUCAGCGCAAAAUACAUUAUGCGUUACUUUGCAACAGCCGAUGAUCAAGAAACGGCGGGAAAAAUAGCCAAAGACAAUGCUGGCGGCAUGACCGAGGUUGAAGAACAGAUUCUGGCCACCAAUCCUAUUAUGGAAGCCUUUGGUAACGCAAAGACCACUAGAAACGAUAACAGUUCUCGAUUCGGCAAAUACAUUGAAAUCCAAUUCGACAAGGGAUCCAACAUUGUCGGUGCCAAAAUCAGAACCUAUCUUUUGGAACGAUCACGUCUUGUUUUUCAACCUGAAACUGAACGCAAUUACCACAUCUUUUAUCAGUUAUGUGCUGGUAUCCCUGUAUCAGAGCGCAAGGAAUUUGAACUUAAGGAUUGGACCAAGUUUCAUUAUCUCAACCAAAGUGGCACCGGCACUGUGCCUGGCGUUGAUGAUGCCGAAGAAUUCAAGCUUACCAAGGAUUCGUUGGACAAGGUUGGCAUUUCGCUCCAAAAGCAAUGGCAGAUUUUCCGUCUUCUCGCAGCAUUAUUACACAUGGGCAACAUUGAAAUUGGUGGACGCAACGACGCGACGCUUGCUGAUGAUGAGCCUUCUUUGCAAAUUGCUACUCGAUUGCUUGGUAUCAAGGCAUCCGAAUUCCGUAAAUGGAUUGUCAAACGUCAAAUCGUCACCCGAUCCGACAAGAUUGUCAAAAACUUGAACCCCGCUCAAGCACUUGUUGUUCGAGAUUCAGUCGCCAAGUACCUUUACGCCAACCUCUUUGACUGGCUUGUGGAUGUUGUUAAUGAGAGCUUGUCAUGCAAUGAAGAAGGUGCUGUCGAGUCAUUCAUUGGCGUUUUGGAUAUCUAUGGCUUUGAGCAUUUCAAGAAAAACUCGUUUGAACAAUUCUGUAUCAAUUAUGCCAACGAGAAGCUUCAGCAGCAGUUCAAUCAACAUGUGUUCAAGCUUGAGCAAGAUGAAUACGUCAAGGAAAAGAUUGAUUGGCAAUUCAUUGAUUUCAGUGAUAAUCAAGGCUGUAUUGAAAUGAUCGAGGCUCGUAUGGGUAUCUUGUCAUUGUUGGAUGAAGAAUCACGGUUGCCCUCUGGAUCAGAUCAAGGAUUUUGCGACAAGCUCUUUGCAAACUUUUCCACGCCCAACUACAAGAACUACUUUAAGAAGCCACGCUUUUCCAACAGCGCCUUUACAGUGGUCCAUUAUGCACAUGAAGUUCAAUAUGAAGCUGAAGGAUUCAUUGAAAAGAACAAGGAUACUGUACCCGACGAGCACCUUACUUUGCUACAAAGCGCUGAUUCUGAAUUCCUGGUUGAAAUGCUCCAAAGCGCAACAGCUGCUGCUGCUGCUGUCAGUGCCCCUGCUCCCACUUCCGGUCCUAAGCGCAUGAAUGCCAGUAAAAAGCCAACCUUGGGCUCCAUUUUCAAGCAUUCCUUGAUCAGCUUAAUGGAAACCAUCGGGCAAACGAAUGUGCACUAUAUCCGCUGUAUCAAGCCAAAUGAGGCCAAGGUGUCUUGGGUCUUUGAUUCAAACAUGGUGCUUGCACAGCUGCGUGCAUGUGGUGUUUUGGAAACGAUUCGCAUUAGUUGUGCUGGCUAUCCUUCAAGAUGGACCUUCGAGGACUUUGCUGACAGAUAUUACCUAUUGGUCAGCUCAGAGUAUUGGGAUCCAAACAAGAGCCCCGAUAUCCAAAAGCUUUGCACUGUCAUCUUGGAUACAUGCAUUAGUGACAAGGACAAGUACCAAAUCGGCUUGACCAAGAUUUUCUUCCGUGCUGGUCAAUUGGCAUACAUGGAAAAGAAGCGUGCUGAUCGUUGGAAUGAAUGCGUCAUCCUUUUGCAAAAGAACAUGCGUCGCUUCAUCACUCGUAUCCAUUACAUGCGCACCAAGGAUUUGGCACAACGUCUUCAGCAAGUUGCACGACAAAGGGUGGCCAAGCGAAAGUUGGAAUUGAUGCGUCAGGAACGUGCGGUUGUUGUCAUUCAAAAGUAUUGCCGUGGUUUCUUGGCAAGAAAGCAAUUGCAAAAGAGACGAGAGUUUAUUUUACAUUUGCAAGCAGCUUGCCGUGGUAUGCUUGCAAGGAAAUCAUUUGGCAGCUUCCGAGAAAACAAUGCCGCAACACAAAUCCAACGCUUGUUCCGUGGCUGGGCUGCUCGCAAACGAUUUUUGGCUCAACGUCAGCAUAUUAUCAGCGUGCAAACAUGUGUGAGACGACGACUUGCCCAAAAGAUGUUGAUCAGCUUACGUGCCGAAGCCCGCUCUGCCACUCAUCUCAAGGAAGUUUCGUACAAGCUUGAGAACAAGGUUGUCGAGUUGACUCAGACGUUGACGCAAUCCAAGGAUGAAAAGAAAGCGCUCGAGAAUCAGGCACGACAACUUGAAUCCCAAGUAGAGAGCUGGAAAGAAAAGUAUGAGAAGCUUCAGAGCAAGUUGCAAGUGGUGGAAGAGCAACAUGGUGAAUCCAAGGGUGCACAAGCUGAAUUGGAUGCUUUGAAACAAGCUCAUGAGACACUUCAAGAAAACUACAACACCGUGGUGGCCAAGUCUGAAGAGCAAGAUAAGGAGAUUGAACGAUUGAAUGCUGAAGUGACUCGACUCAAGCAACAACCUCCUCUCAAAGUGUCCACUGCUCUCAACAACAAUGGUCGACCUCCACGUGCCGCUGAUGAACCUGAUGUUGCGGAGCUCAAGAACCAAAUUGCAGCACUCAAAGCACAAUUAUCCCAAAGCUACAGAAAUGCACCUCGUCGACAAGGAUCACUCAGCUCUUAUGCACGCAACUUAUCACCCGUUGCCAUGUCACCAACAAGUGCAAGACGUGGUAUUUCACCCGAUCGUGGUAUCAGUCCUCGUGGUGCUAGCCCAAGAGGACGUUCGCCCACUGGUGCUAUGGCCUCCUUCCGUCGUAACAGCAUUGCCGAGACUAAGCGUCAACAACAACCUGGUGCAAGUGAAGCCAAGGUGGUCUAUGCUGAACCAGAGCAAAUGCGUCCCAUGUCCAUUGACCAUAUCAACACUUUGAGAGAUGCUGAUGUUAAAGGCAAUCCCGAGGAAGCGAUGCAUACCAUUUUACGAGACGAACAAGUGCUUGAAAACGAGAUUCUUGAUGGCUUGAUUCGCUCUUUGAAGAUUAUCCCACCCAAUCCACAAAACCCACCAUCACACAAAGAAGUUGUUUUCCCUGCACACAUUAUCGGUCUUGGCUUGACACAAAUGUGGCGUUUGGGCUAUCUUGCUGAAUCUGAACGAUUGAUCUUUACUGUUAUGGAUACGAUCCAGAACUUUUGCAUGGACUUUUCGGGCGAAGAUACCAUUGUACCAUGUGCUUACUGGUUAUCCAACACGCACGAAUUAUUGUCUUUGGUGUGUUCGACUGAACAAGAGCUUGAGCGUGAAAUGCAAUACAAUGCUGUGCAUGGUCGAAGAGCUGUUGGCUGGCAUGAUUUCGAAAAGCUUGUGUCGACUGUCAAGUUUGAAUUACAAUGCCUCGAGGACAACUUGUAUCACCAUUGGUUCAUGCAACUCAAGCAGCGUGUCAACAAGAUGAUUAUCCCAGCCAUCAUUGAACACCAAUCCUUGCCAGGUUUCAUUGUCAGCGACACCAACCGCUUCUUCAACAAGUUGUUGUCGGGAUCCAAUCAACCCGCUUUCUCUAUGGACGACUUGCUCAACUUCCUUAACAAGAUCUACCGUGCCAUGAAGUUUUACGAGGUGGAUCCAUUGGUCAUGGAACAAGGCUUGAAUGAAUUGCUAAAGUUGAUCGGUGCUACCGCUUUCAAUGACUUGAUUAUGCGUCGUAAUUACAAUUCAUGGAAGCGAGCUAUGCAAGUCCAAUACAACAUUACGCGAUUAGAGGAAUGGUGCAAGGGCCAUGGUUUGACUGAUUCGAUCGUGCACUUGGAACAUUUGAUGCAGGCUGUCAAGCUGUUCCAGUUACGCAAGGCAACCCCCGAUGAUUUGAGUAUUAUUUACGAAGCCUGUUGGCUGCUGACACCCGCUCAAGUACAAAAGUUGCUACAAAACUACCAGGUUGCCGACUAUGAAGAACCUCUCAGCAACAAUAUCCUAGGCAACGUCGCAUCAAGAGUAAGCAGCAACGACAUUUUGCUGCUAGACAGUGUAUCACUGGAUGAGAGCCCCUACGAGGUGCCAGAGCCUAAACAGAAUGUCGUCCCCGACACCUAUGUGCCUGCUUAUCUCAAGCUCAAGCAAGUCCAACGUCUCAUGGCAUUGAUUGCAUUGACUGAACAGCAGAGGCCAUAUCGCCAGGAUUCCCUUUAA